AUGACUUCGGAUACCUCAGACACCUCGGCCGCCGGCUCCCCCCCGGACACAUCAUCGCAGAAGAAUGGGAAGAGUGGCAGCGCCAGCGCCAGCGCCAGCGGCAGCGCCAGCGGCAGCGGCGUCGACAAGUCCAAGGUCAAGAAGCAGAGAUCCGACUCGACCGCCACCGUCGACAGCAACCCUCCGGCCAAGGUGACCAAGCGUCGAGCCGCGAGAGCCUGCGUGUCCUGUCGCGCUCGCAAGGUGCGAUGCAACGUCGUCGAGGAAUCACCGUCAUGGGGCACCAGCAGCAACCUGGUCAGCAGCACCAGCAGGGUUCUCCCUCUAGACCGGCCGGAGCCGCUCUAUCCGCCUCGACCGUCGGAGGGAGUCAACCCCACCAACACCACCAUCACCACCACCCUGUUCCUAUUCACAGCGCCGCGGAAAUGCGCCGGCCCAGUAGCGGGUCUGUGCUGUCUACGGGUGAUGGAGAUGCCAUGCACAAUGGGGAUGGCCAUGUUCCUCAUGCGCUCUGCUGCCGUUGAUCCGAGUUUGAAACAAGCUCAGACCAGCCAGCAGCCGCAGCAGCCGCAACACCCGCUCCAGCCUCAACCUCAGCAGCAACCCCAGGUCUUCUGGCCUUCCGGCACGAGUCCGAGCCCGAGCGCUGUCAGUGCUAGCAACACUACUACCGCCACCGCCGCCGCGGCGCAUCAGCUGUUCUCCUCUUCUUCUCCCUUGGCCACGGGAUUCGGUGCCACCGCCGGCGCUACCGCCCACAGCCGAACGGCCCAGUUCCUGAGCCAGCUCGAGGAUCCGGACGCGAGCUCCCACCUGCCCGCCUUUGUCCGACCUCUGCCCGCCAAGAUCGCCGCCGAGGAUGUCACCUACCUGCACAUCAAGGGCGCGCUGUCGCUGCCCGCCGUCCCGCUCCAGAAUGCCCUGCUGCAGGCUUACAUCGAGUACGUCGACCCCUACAUGCCGCUGAUGGACAUGCACGACUUCCUGUCCAUCGUCAACCGGCGCGACGGGCUCAACGGCCAGACCAGCCUGUUCCUCUACCAGGCCGUCAUGUUCGCCGCCACCGCCUUCGUCGACGUCAGGCAUCUCCGCGAGGCCGGCUACCCGUCGCGCAAGGCCGCUCGCAAGGCAUUCUUUCAGAAGACGAGGCUCCUCUACGAUUUCGACUACGAGAUGGACCGCCUCGUCCUCGUCCAGGGCCUCAUGCUCAUGACGUACUGGUACGAGACGCCCGACGACCAGAAGGAUACAUGGCAUUGGAUGGGCGUGGCCAUCUCGCUGGCGCACACGAUCGGGCUGCACCGCAACCCGGCGUCGACGUCGAUGGCGCUGUCGAAGCAGAGGCUGUGGAAGCGCAUCUGGUGGUCCUGCUUCAUGCGCGACCGGCUGAUCGCGCUGGGCAUGCGGCGGCCGACGCGCAUCAAGGAUGAGGACUUUGACGUGCCGAUGCUGGAGGAGGCGGAUUUCGAGCUGCGGCCGUUGGCCGACAGCGUGACGGUGGUGCCGGCCGGGUGCAGGCUGGUGCGCGACGUGGCGAUGCAGACGGAGCUGGCGACCAUGUGCAUCUUCAAGGCCAAGCUGUGCCUGUGCAUCAGUCACAUGCUCAAGGCACAGUAUUCGGUGCUGAUCCGCGACUCGAUGAAGCCCGAGAACACGACCAACAGUACCAUGAUGCUCUUCCCCAACAAGCAGCUGGACAAUGUCGAGAGCGUCAACUCGGUCGACGUCGAGCUGGCCGCCUGGGCCGAGUCGCUCCCGGCCUGCUGCCAGUACCGCACGCCCACGCCGGCCGACGUCGAGGGCGGCCGCGCCACCGUGGCCGUCCAGCGCACGCUCCUCCACAUGGUCUACUACACCACCAUCUCGGCGCUGCACCGGCCCCAGUUCCUCCCGUCGUCGCCGGCCCACGCGCCCACGACGUCCCGGCAGGCCCAGGACAUGUCCCGGCUGCGGGUGCGCGACGCGGCCACGCACAUCACGCGGAUGGCGUCGGAGCUGCACCAGCUGCGCCUGGAGCGCUUCCUGCCCACGACGGGCGUGACCGUCAUCCUGCCCGCCAUGAUCAUCCACCUCCUCGAGAUGAAGAGCCCGUCCAGCGAGGCCCGCACCCACGCCACCCGCGGCUUCCGCCAGUGCAUGGUGGUCAUGGAGAAGCUGCGCGAGAUCUACGCGGCCGCCGACUACGCCACCGGAUUCCUGGACGCCGCCCUCCGCAAGGCCUCGAUCGACGUGCACUCCGCCGUCGCGGCCUCGGUCCGCGUCGCGGCCAAGCAGUCGCCCGUCGAGUUCGGCGCCCAGACGCCCCCACCCGAGAACGUGCCGUACAUGACGGCCUCGGAGACGCUGUUCAGCGAGCAGCCCCAGCCUCCGCGCGCCAUGCGCCAGGCCUCGUUCGCGUCCCCCUCGUCCGCCUCGGCCGCCGACCUCCGCAAGGCCAUGGCACCCCCCCACACCAUCAACGCCGCCGACCUCGAUCUGUCGGCUACCGGGGGGAGGUCUGGAGGGUCACCGGCAUCGCCCCCCAACGUGGCCGACUUUCUGGGACUGACCGGGGCCGGUGCCGGGAACGGAUCGAUGAGCCACCAUGCCAUGAACGGUGCCGGCGCUCCUGCUGCUGCUGCUGCUGCUGCUGCUGCUGCUGCUGCUGCGCUCGGAGGUGUGGUGACGCCCAGUGCGAGCGGAGGAUCGGACGAGGUGGGAGGUGAUGGGGAGCCGGAUGCCAUGGAUCUGGACUUCAUGCAGGGCCACGACGAGUUUGAUUGGAAUGCCGUCGCCGGCACGGAUUUCGACGUCGAUCAGUGGCUGCAGUUUCCGCCUGAUGGGGUCAGCGGCGGUGCAGGUGCAGGUGCAGGUGCGGGUGCAGGUGGCAACGGCGGUGAAGACCUUGUGAAUGGGGUGUUUAGUGGUGAUGAUGUCGAGAUGCAGACUGCUGCUUCUACGGCACAAUCCGUCUGGGGGUGA